AUGAGGGAAAUCGCAGAGCAGCUUGGAGGAAAGCCUGAUGUUGUGGUCUGCAGCGUCGGAGGCGGAGGCUUGCUGAACGGAAUCAUGCAGGUGCUUGACGACAAGGGCUGGAGCAACGAGGUCGAGGUCCUGGCGAUGGAGACAGAGGGCGCGGACUCGUUGAAUCAAUCUCUGCAAGCCGGAAAGCUCAUCACGCUCCCGCGAAUUACAUCCCAGGCCACCAGCCUGGGAGUCGUCAGGGUUUCUCAGAAAACAUUCGACUACGCCCGGCGCCCGAACGUCACGAGCGUCGUCCUCUCGGACGCCGAGGCCGCACGAGGUUGCUGUCUCCUGGCGGAACACGAACGGAUGAUGGUCGAGCUGACCGUCGGCGUCAACGUGCCCGUCUGUUACGGGGGAUUUCUGCAGAAGGUCCUAGGCACCAGGAAGACUCUCGAUCGAUCGAGCAGGGUCGUGAUAGUGGUUUGCGGUGGAAAUGACAUCAGCAUUGAGAUGCUGAUGGACUGGCGCACCGCGAUGUUGGGCGUGGAGGGCCUCGAGGAAAGCACAGCGGCUGCAGCACCCAGAACGAGGCCGCGCCGGGUAGCCGUGAACUGA